AUGCGUGUUAUCGUUAUCUUCGCAUCGCGUGCAUAUCUCUGUAUAUUUAACGUGGCCGCAAGAGACAAAGGAGCCUGUGAGAGACGAGAAAAUCGACGUCGCGGAGUCGGCCGGCGCGUAACACGCCAUUUGAUUUCCAUUAUCGUUUCGCAGUAUUCGUGCCCAGACGACGUGACGGUGAUUGCGAGAAAUUCGGACGACAAGAAGCUCCUCUUAUCCGAGUUGAUGACCUGCGGUGUCAUUAUUUACGAUAUUAGCCAGGAGCCGAAUCAGAUCGAGGAGGCAUGCUGGGUCUUGAAAGGUUCAUUAAUACAAAUCCCGGAAGUUGCUCCGUGCGCCACACGCGGUCACGGCGACGUUAUUAGACAGCAAAGUCCAGCUGGGAAACUUACGAUCAUGUGGUGGUGGUACUUUUAUCGAUAUAAAGGGCAGCGUCUUGGCUUUCUAGAGAUCGUCCGCGCGCUGGAACGCGCGGAGGAGAAGUCGCCGAAGGUUUCCAAGCGGCAGCAGCCAAAGAGAUACUUUAUGCUGAUUUCUACAAUAAUGACGUGGGCUCUCACGAAGCCGUUAGAUCCUGCCGAUCCGAAUUUACCGUUCACCGAGGCCGACUACAGGAAACGGAAGCCACACCCGAAUUAUAAGGAGCACCUGCGGUGCGAGAGAGAGGUCGUGACUGUGAAGAAGCGCGCUAAUUUAAAGAGCAAUCUGAAAACCUUGGUCGUUUGCUGCGGCGUCACGUACGGCGAAAAGCAAGGCCCGCUGCACCAUCUCUUCAAAAUGGCAUGGCAAACCGCGCCAUUCUUGCCGAUAUUCGGCAAAGGGAGCAACAAAGUACCGCUCCUGCAUGUGCGCGAUUUGGCUGCAACCGUGCUGGCGAUGCUGCAGAAUUGGCCCGCGAGGAGGUACAUCGUCGCGGUGGAGCGAGAGUUAAUCUCUCAAAAUACGAUCGUUAAGUCUGAACAGGAAAUCGCUCGUAGACUCGGCACCGGCAAGGUGAAAAGCGUAACGAAGCAAGAAGCUCUGCUGCUGCCGGAGGUUUCACAAAGAGCCUACGAUAUGAUGACGGUGGAUUUGAACAUCGAUUCGGUGUACAUCAUCGAUCGAAUACGCUGGAGAUUCGACAUGCCGUUCCGAGACGUCGUGGACGACGUCGUGAGGGAGUAUAAAGCAGCGCGAAACUUGCGCCCGGUGAAGAUCAUCGUUCUCGGGCCGCCGGCGUCCGGGAAAACGCGGCUCGCUCGAUUCCUCGCGGACCAUUACGGGAUAAACUACGUCCACGUGAAGACGCUCAUUUCCGACACGAUCCAGAGACUGCGAGAUGACCUCGAAGAUACGGCGGAAGAUGCUGACAACGAUAAGGAGAAUGAAGAAGAAGCAGAAGAAGAAGAAGAAGAAGAAGUGGAGGAGCAAGAUGAAAAAGAGAUCGUCGCGAGCAGGGUAGAGUUGCAGGAGCAGCUUGAUGAGAUCCGGACCAACCUGGCAGCGAAUAAUGACCGUCUCGACGACGUUGUCUUGAACAAGUUGUUCCUGAAGCGGCUGAAAUCAAAGGACUGUUUGAAUCAAGGAUACGUGAUAGAUGGCCAUCCCAAGACCCUCGAACAAGCCCGGAUGCUAUUUCUCAUCAACGAGGAGGAUCCUAGGGGGGAACACGUGGAGAAGUUGGAGGACGAGUCCGAGGACGAGGAUGCGGCGGAGGAAGCGAAGAACGUCGAUGUAACGAUCCUGCCGGAAUUGGUCGUAGUUUUGGAGGCGAGCGACCACUUCCUGAAGGAACGUGUGAUGAACCGUCCGGAGAGCGAGAUACAGGGCACACAUUACACGGAAGAAUGCAUGCUACGACGCAUGAAGGAGUAUAGAGAGAGAAACACCGACGACAACACGCCGCUACAAUUAUUCGAUGAAAUGGAAAUCUACACCCUUGUCAUCCCUGUGGAGGCUGACGUUUGUCCGGAUAUGUUCCCUACGUUCUAUCAGUGUGCAGAAAUACUCGGAGAACCAAGAAAUUACGGUCCGCAAUAAUUCAUAUUCUUCCUCGGCAGUUCCAACUUUCUCUCGCA